UGGAGGUAGGUCAGGUCCCUGGGCUCCAGCCACACUCGGUGUGGCCACCGCGGACCAUGCACAUCACCCAGCUCAAUCGGGAGUGCCUGCUGCACCUCUUCUCCUUCCUGGACAAGGACAGCAGGAAGAACCUUGCCAGGACCUGCCCCCAGCUCCAGGACGUGUUUGAGGACCCUGCACUCUGGCCCCUGCUGCACUUCCGUUCCCUCGCAGAACUCAAGAAGGACAACUUCCUCCUGAGCCCGGCGCUCCGGAGCCUCUCCAUCUGCUGGCACUCCAGCCGCGUGCAGGUGUGCAGCAUCGAGGACUGGCUCAAGAGCGCCCUCCAGAGGAGCAUCUGCAGCCGGCACGAGAGCCUCGUCAACGACUUCCUCCUCCGGGUGUGCGACAGGUGCCCCAACCUGGCAACCGUCACGCUGUCUGGCUGCGGCCACGUCACCGACGACUGCCUGGCGCGUCUGCUGGUUUCCUGCCCGCGCCUGCGCGCGCUGCACCUGGAGAACUGCGCGCGCGUCACCAACCGCACGCUGACGGCCGUGGCGGCGCACGGGCGCGCGCUGCAGACGCUGCACGUGGACUUCUGCCGCAACGUGAGCGCGGCCGGCCUCAGGCGUCUGCGCGCCGCGUGCCCGCGCUUGACGCUGCGCGCUGAGCACAGCGCGGCCAUGAUCCCGGACCAGCUCCCGCGCGGCCCGCACGCGCCCGGCACCGCCCUCCGCAAGUUGCUUCUGCGCUAGGCGGGCAGGACGCCGGCCCCAGGUCUCCGGAGGAAGGAGCUACUUGUGUUGAACGCCAGCUCCUAGACAGCCGCAACAUCCUCAGCCAAGACUCGGAUACGAGCGCCUAACCCAUAUUACGAUUUUAUACAUCGUCUGAGUGCGAGAUUUGAUGGCCGGAUGCUUGGAGAAAACUCGAUUGUUUCUCGCUAAACACCAGCACACUUUUCUGUUUCCCCUGCGCACCGGGUUCUCCACUUGGGGCUCUAUCUCAUCCUUCACGGCUGAGACUGCAGCUGCGGGGAGGGGAGGUGGUGGGGGUGUCCUAAAUCACCCCCCGCGGGGAAGUGUGGCCUCCCGGAGCUCCCCAGGGCUGUGUGAGGGACAGCCCUCUCCCCAACCCCUCCUUGCUGCGCCAGAGGGAGGAGGGGUAGAACCCUGAGCCAGAGAGAGCCGUGGUUUCCACCGGGCCUUUGCUCCGUGCCAACCCCCAACUCGGCUUUGAGCGAUUCUAGGAAAUUCUCGUUAAUGUGAUUCUUUCAUAAACUGCAGCUAUGCUUGUUU